UCCUUUGACGGAGAGAGAGAGAGAUUGAGUUACUAAACACAGACUAAAGCCUCUUCUUGAUGUUGUGUCUGAGGAAAAAGUGAAAAUGUUGACUGUAGAAGCCGGACAGCCGAAUGAGAGAACGUCCAGAACCAGCCCGAAGCGUCUGUCCCACUCUAUAGAGGACAUCCUGAGAAGACCUUCCUGUUUAUCGGCGAGCAGAAGGCAGGAGCCUGUGGAGGACGUACAGGUGUGCACUGAGAUACCUGACGAGAAGAGAGAGCUGAGCUCCAGGCCAAACACAGUGUGUCGGCCUGGUCACCGAAGGGUUCGCACCACGUUCACAGUCGCCCAGCUGGAGGAGCUGGAGCGCGUUUUUCAGGACACUCACUAUCCAGACAUCCACACCAGAGACCAGCUCGCCACUCGGACCCAGCUGUCUGAGGGAAAAGUGCAAAUCUGGUUCCAGAACAGGAGAGCCAAGUGGAGGCGAGCUGAAGCUCAAGGAAAAGACAGAGAGCAUCAGCAGACAAACGAGAGCAGCUGCCCUCACGUCAUGACCACCCCGUUCUUCUUCUACACUCCAGUCCAGAGGCUCAUGUUACAGCAGAAGCCUCACCUGCCUGCCUCACUCUGUCCUUCCGUUUAUCCGUACGAGCUCAGUACUUGUAAACUCUGCGCCUUCAGUGGAGCCCAGCGGAUCGGCAGGUUGCUGUACCCCCCUUUCCUCCCCAUCUUGCAUAACGUCCCAUCCUGAUUUUGUAACUCGGUGCCUUAUUGUGUGCAUUCCGUGACUUUUCUAUGAUAAUGUGUGACCGUGUGCUGCUCCAGCUGUAAACUGCUUAUCUUAUCGGAAAAAGACGGUGAACCAUUUGUGACACGGUUCACUCGGAAAAAGAAUGGGCUGAAAACUAAACCAGUUAGUUUAUUACAGGGGUGUCCGGUCUUAUCCUGUGGCUGCAGGGUUUCACUCCAAACAAGCUGGAGCUCAUCUGACUCCACUUGUCUGAUUCUUAGUCUUCAAACGCUUCCUCAGGCGAGUUGAAGGCCUGCUGUGUUGGAGUGAAAACCUGCAGCCACACCGGCCUCCGCCGAUAAGACUGGACACCGCUGGUUUAUUAUUGACACACGGAGUUGAGAUAUAAACACAGCUCUCUUUUUUACACUUUUUACACUUUAUC